UAAUGAAUCCACUGGUCUUCUGCCACAGAAAGACAGUUGCGAAAACCAUGUCUGUUGUCUCCGCGGAAAUAAAUAUAUAGGGAAAAAACAACAUAACCUUAUAUUUGAGUAAACUUAUAUUUGCAUAACCUUCUGUGAUCAACCAGAGAUGAAGGGCUCUAUGGCGAAGAUAUGUAAACAGAUUAUGUCGGUAUUCUUGGUGCUGAUGAUUGUUGGGGUUUCAUCUGAUGAUCAACAACAAAGCUGGUGGAAAUGGUUUUCUUCUGGUGCUUCUUCAUCAGUAGUCAGCUCAGUUGGCUCGUCUGUCGUGUUGCCUCUUUAUGGCAAUGUUUAUCCGUCUGGAUAUUAUCAUGUUCAGUUCAACAUUGGACAGCCUCCAAAACCUUAUUUUCUUGAUCCUGACACGGGCAGCGACCUCACCUGGCUUCAAUGCGACGCGCCCUGUAUUCAGUGUACUCCGGCACCUCAUCCACUUUAUCAACCCACAAAUGAUUUGGUGGUAUGCAAGGAUCCAAUCUGCGCCUCUCUGCACCCUGAUAACUACAGAUGUGAUGACCCUGAUCAAUGUGACUAUGAGGUUGAGUACGCGGAUGGUGGUUCAUCCAUAGGUGUUCUUGUCAAUGAUCUUUUUCCAGUCAAUCUUACUAGUGGAAUGAGGGCUCGUCCUCGUCUCACCAUCGGGUGCGGAUAUGAUCAACUUCCUGGUAUAGCAUACCAUCCAUUAGACGGAGUGCUUGGUCUUGGCAGAGGAUCAUCCAGCAUUGUAGCACAGCUUAGCAGUCAAGGACUGGUACGAAAUGUUGUUGGUCACUGUUUUAGUAGGAGAGGCGGAGGCUAUCUUUUCUUUGGAGACGACAUCUAUGAUUCCUCAAAAGUCAUCUGGACACCAAUGUCGCGUGAUUACUUGAAGCACUAUACACCUGGCUUCGCGGAACUCAUUCUCAAUGGAAGAAGCAGCGGACUCAAAAAUCUUCUGGUGGUGUUCGACAGUGGGAGUUCUUAUACCUACUUCAAUACUCAGACUUAUCAAACCUUACUUUCUUUUAUAAAGAAGGAUCUGCACGGGAAGCCUUUGAAAGAGGCCGUGGAGGACGACACCCUCCCGGUCUGCUGGAGAGGCAAAAAACCAUUUAAAAGCAUCCGCGACGCCAAAAAAUACUUCAAGCCUUUAGCAUUGAGCUUCGGCAGUGGCUGGAAAACUAAGAGCCAGUUCGAAAUUCAACAGGAAUCGUAUCUGAUCAUUUCGUCCAAGGGAAGUGUGUGCUUGGGAAUUCUUAACGGAACAGAGGUCGGACUACAAAAUUACAACAUCAUCGGAGAUAUAUCAAUGCAAGAAAAGUUGGUAAUUUACGACAAUGAGAAACAAGUGAUUGGAUGGCAACCCUCUAACUGUGACCGUCCACCAAAGGGUGACACUUUCAGCAUGUAAUCACAAUCAUACUAAGCUUCCUUCUAGACACAGAGUGAAAACAACACAAAUCUGAGCAGAUCAAGAGGAUCAGACUCCUGUAUAUAUAUACUUUCAAAAACUUUGUUCAGUCCUUUAUUUCGUAUUUUUUAUUA